AUGAAACUGUCUGGCUCACCAUGCCCACUUGAUCAGAUAUCAAUAAUCUGUUUUAAACGAUGUCCGUAUUUACGUUCCUACUUGACUGAGAUAAUCCAUGCAGCUUGGUCACGCGGUGUUGUUCCAUCUGAAUGGAAAAAAGCAUGCACAAUAUUAAUUCACAAGAAAGGAGAAACAAACGACCCAGCAAACUUUCGACCAAUUACUCUUGAAUCCAUCCCGCUUAAAGUCUUCACAUCAUGUCUUCGAAAUAAAACAUUUGAAUUCCUGUCAGACAAUAAUUACAUAGAACAAAACAUCCAGAAAGGUUUCACUCCAAAACUCUCAGGAACACUAGAACAUACUGCUCAGAUGGCACAUAUAAUCAACACAGCGCGUACCAAGCAACGAUCUAUAGUUAUUACAUUACUCGAUCUUAACAAUGCAUUUGACGAAGUCCAUCACAACCUCAUUUACGAAGUCCUUGAUUAUCAUCACGUUCCUAAUCACAUAAAGAAUCUUAUCUGCAGUCUUUACACUGAUUUCCAAACUUCCAUCAUAACCGAACAGUUUAACACCCCCUUCAUUACAGUCGGUCGUGGCGUUCUUCAAGGCCAUUGUCUCAGUCCACUUUUAUUCAACAUGUCAUUCAAUACUUUCAUACAACAUAUUAAAUCUGAAAAAUACCGUCAGCUUGGAUUUUGGAAAUUAAGUGAAAUUGGCAUUCCGUGCAAUCCUAUACAUUGGUUUCAGUUUGCAGACGAUGCUGCUGUCAUCAGUAGCCAAGAGAAAGAAAAUCAAAUGCUCCUUAAUCGUUUUACAAUCUGGUGUCAAUGGGCUAAUAUGAUUAUACGCGUUGACAAAUGUUCAACAUUUGGCAUUAAAAAACACUUAACUAAAUCUAUCCAGUAUUUACCCAAGCUUUUCGUUAAUAACCAUCUUGUACCCAGAACCGAAAUGAGCAAAUCUUUCCGUUACUUAGGUCGCUAUUUUGAUUUCAAUAUGUCCGAUGAGGAACACAAAUCAGAAUUACUCGACGUGUUUAACGACAUCAUGAAUAAAAUUAAUGAACUACCCUUACACCCGAAUAAUUCUACUAUACAGUCGUUACUUGCUGUCAAAGAUAUCCUGGGACUUCACUGUUUCUGA